AUGUCAGCCCAAGCAUCCACAUCAACAAGCGCAGCAGCCGCAGUCGCAGCCGAGGAGCAGCCUACGCCGCAGCAGCUCCUCUUCGCCAAAUCCAUCAUGCUCACCUUCGAGCUCUGGCCUGCCAUGCGACUUGCCGUCGCCGAAGAGUGGGGUGGCUCUGACUCUGCCGAUAAGCGCGACUUUCUCCUCUCGCACCUCUGCGACCAGUACGGUAACCCAGGCUCUGCCUUCGAGCCGGACCUCGACGACCUCGCCGACAUCCUCGAACACUACAUGAUCGACGAGUACGAAGCACGCCUCGAGGAUGGAUCCCCGGACUGGGUCGCCGGCCGCAUCGUCGGUUUGCACCGUGUCAUUUUCGCUCCCGGUGACGACUUUGCGCGUGCACAGGCUGCUGUCGCCGAGUUGGAGAAAGCAUACCAGGACCUCAAGGGCAAAAAAGCGACGUUCGAGCAGGGCGCCAACCAGGAUGGCGAGGUGGACGGACACAGCAGCGAGGACGACAACAUGCGAGAUGCGAGGAGCAUGGCUCACCAGCAUGGAGGCAUUACCGAGGCGGAUCGACAAGGUGCACGCAUCGGGCUCGAACAGGACCAGGGCAGGGCACAGAGAGAACCGCAACAGCCUAUCAUUGACGAGGAUGGCUUCGAGACGGUCGGUUCGCGAAGACGUCGCAAGUAG